GGCCCUGGGUAGAAAGCUAGAACCUACAAUGAAUGUUCUUGCUAUAUGUAACUUCGAUAUGAAGUUCAUAUACGCAUAUGUCGGUGUACCUGGUAGAGCACAUGAUACAAAGGUUUUGAAUCAUUGUGCGAGGAAUGAACCUUCUUUCCCACAUCUGCCUAAUGGGAAGUACUAUCUUGUUGACUCCGGAUAUCCCACCAGGACUGGGUAUCUUGGUCCACAUCGUAGGAUGCGAUAUCAUCUUGGUCAAUUUGGUAGAGGAGGACCACAAUGGCAAAACACAGAAGAAUAUCAUGUUGAUGAAGAAGACGAAGAAGAAGCAGAAGAAGGACAAGAAGGAGAAGAAGGACAACAUAUUGCAUAUGAGCCGACCGGUGAUAGAGCAAUGGAAGCUUUGCGUGACAACAUCACGAAUGAAUGUCUCACAUCAGCAAGGGUGGUGAUACCGUGAUUUUGAGCCAUGGUUACGAAAUAGUAAAAAGUGAAGAAUGCUUUUAUGAAAGAGUAUCUCAAACAAUAUUGGGAUUAAUUGUGAGGUUGUGAUUGUCGGCGAAGCCCAUUUGUC